UUGUCUUCAGGAUGGAUAACAACCAGGCGGAUGUCUUCAGUAGGCUUUGAGCUGUGGACUUUAACACAUGUCAACAUAUUAUUGGAAACAUCAUUAUCACCUUGAACUAAAAAAAAUAUUUAAUUCUACCAUAGAAAGAAGAAGAGAGUCGUGAUGAACAGAGACGUGGACAAAAGCGCAAGGACUGCGCUCCGGAGCCACAAACCCCCCAAGGGGCAACAGCAGGUUUCUGUCCAGAAAAAGAAGAAAGAUCCGGCUGCAAAAGAUGCCCAAAGUGGCUCUAAGUCAUGUCACAGAGACCCUGAGGGGGAGCUGAGAUCGGCGGCACCUCAGGAGAAAAGACCGGGGAAAGUGUGCCCGGGUGCCCCGCUGGAGCGCCCCGGCGCGCAGAGGAAACUGUCCGAUGCCAGCAACGCAUCCGAGGACCUGAGCAAAGACUCCGGCUGCCCUUCUGGGAAACUCUCCUCCUCGGACAGCAGCUCAGAAAUAUCCGACUGCCCCUCGGAGGGCAACCACAAGCACGACUCUCCGAGCGGCGACAAUGCGUUAAGCUGGAUAGACGGCGGAGCUUAUUUGUCCCCGGACAGCGAGGCGAGAGGCGACGGGAGGCCGCGCGUAAAGGCAGCUGCCGCGGCGGGUCUCCGUUUGUUUAACUCCACGGGGUCGUUUAUGGAUCUAAUGAUGGGGGAGACGACCGAAGAUGUUUUCCGUGAAGUGGAGGAUUUGAGAUCAGAGAACGAGUAUUUAAAAGAUGAGGUGGAGGAGCUUCGCUGUGAGAUGCUGGAAAUGCGCGACAUGUUCCAGGAGGAGGAGGUGUACCAGCUGCAGGAGCUGCGGCUGCAGCUCGAGCAGGCCAACAAGACCUGUCGCAUCCUGCAGUACCGCCUCCGCAAGGCCGAGCGCCGCAGCAUCCGAGUGGCUCAGACGGGGCAGGUGGACGGCGAGCUGGUCCGGAGUUUGGAGCACGACAUCAAGGUCGGAAAGAGCGUGUCCCUCCGGCUGUACAACGAGCUGGAGGCGGUGCAGAAGAAGGACGCCCACUUGGAAUGGGAGAAUGAGGUGCUGCGGGAGAAGACCCAGGAACUGGAAGUGGCCCGACAGGUGUUACAGGCGGAAGUGGAGAAAACCAGAGAGAGCACCCUGAAGAAGAAGAGCAUCCGCCCGUCGGCCGGCAGGUCUGAGAAGAGGCUCUCUCAGCAGAUUGAGGAUGACAGCGCAGAUCUCAGGUGCCAGCUCCACUUUGCCAAAGAGGAAUUAGCUCUCAUGUGCAAGAAGCUCACCAAGUUGGUUUCAGAGAGCGAGGUCGUGCGCGAGGAGCUCGCCAAAUACCACUCGGCCUUCGGCGACUUAGACGCCAUCCAAUUGCCGCCGGGCAAACAGAACUCUGCCCACGCCAGGGAGGCCGGGGUCAGGGUUCACCUCAAACUGGUGGAGGAGGAGGCCACGCUCCUGAGUCGGCGAAUCGUUGAGCUGGAGAUGGAGAACCGCGGACUGCGAGCGGAAAUGAGCGACCUGAGAGAGAAAAUGGGAAGAGGGGGAGGCGAGGAGGAAGAAGGAGAGAAUCGGGAUGAGCCGGAGGAAAACCUGUCAGCUUCCACACAGGUGGACAGAGAGAGAGGUUACGCAAUGGGAUGCACGUUGUUCGGUCAGGGUGACGACAAGGAAUCAGAGAAAGGGAAAAGUGAGAAGGAGAUGAUGACUGCUCGUCAUAUCACUCGAGAGGGUCCUGUGGGGGGGGAGUGGGACCCUUCCGAAAGUUAUGAGAGUGAUAACAGCAAAACGACAGAAAGAGGCCUCAGAGGCUUGACGGUAAAAGACUAUGAAACCCUUUUAGCGCUAAGAGAUCAUUCCAGUAUUUUGAGUUCAGCGAUCCAGCUCCUGACGACGCAACCGAAAAGUGAGCACAGCUUUCCCACCUCACGUGCUUUCACCUCCCUGACAGAGGUGGACUUGAACGACAAGGCACACAGGUUAGUCCCACCUUCAAAUGAGGCCCUGGAGCUUCUGCAGGCCAUGUUGUUGGCUUUCAUCGGCAGGGUGGAGACGCUCCUCACGGGGGAGGAUCUGGGCAAACUCUCCCUCCACAAGGAUGGACAUGUUUGGGAUUCUGUCACUUUCGCCUUUCUCUCUGGAGACUGUACAGAUCUCAACCUCCAAGAGUCACAGAGUAAGCAGGAGUUUGUAGAGGACCUACGCACCUCAGGGGUUAAGGAGAGAGAAAAACAAAUGAGACAAACUAUUUUGUUUCAAUCGGACCUCAUUCACAGCUGCAGGGACCCAAAAAUGCGACUGUGCUUGCAGGUUCUUUGGAUCCUCCAUCAGUGGUGUCAAGUUCAAGGACCUGUGCUGGAGGGUAAAGACAAAACCAUGGCUGUGCUGUGGGGCUUAAUGCAAAAGCUUGGUGCAGAGCUCCGGGGUGAAGGGAUCGAAUCCAACAGUGAGGCCAAAGGUGUGCGGGGCAACGACGCCACGUGUGGCGCCACCGUUGACUGUGAUGAUGGAGCUGACAGAGUGGGCAGCUCCAAAGGGAAAAGACUUAGGCGACCGCUUUCUCCACGCGGCUGCAAGACGAAGAACUGGUGCUACCUGAGCCAGGAGGCCGCCCAGCUGGACCGAGAGGACCCCGUUAAGACGUGGGACCAUCUAAUCAUGCCGCUUAGCUUCCCCGAUCUCGACUUUGAGCGGAUGUCCGUGGACAGGAGCCACACCGCCCCGGAGAAAUCGGCCUUCCGCAUCUACUACAGCCCGCCGUCAGCUCGCAGAGUGCAGCUGGCGCAGCUGAAGCAAAGCCCCGUCGCCGACGGCCAGUCGGUCAACUCAGGCUCUCCGUGGUGCACGCCGCCGACCUCCUUCUCCCCCGUCUGCCUGGGCUCGGCUGCCAACCUCAGCGACGACAUGAAGGAGAUGUCGGCCAGCUGGAGGCAGACGGGUCCGGAGCAAAGGGGCCGAUCCCAGCGCCGGUGGGUGGACGUGGCCUGCUCAGGGACUCAGACCCACACCAAGCCACAGAUGGUGAGCGUCGGUCUGCAGACAGACGGGUCGGUCGCCGCGAGAAGCGGUCCAUCCCGGCUCCUAAGCCCCUCCCUGGUCUCCGCCCGCUUACACCACAUCUCCACCUCUCUGGACGGGGGACCAGGCAGAGUGGAGAGGUCCAGAGCCUCCGCCUCCUCUCCUAAAUUUUACCGGAGACACUCUGUGUCCGGUGCAUCGUCUCCCCCCGAGUCCACCAACUUGAGCCCCUCCUCCUCUUCCUCCUCCUCCUCCUCCUCGUCAUUCACCUCCAGAGAUCGAGCAAUUUGGAGCCAGAACCACCCAACCCACAACAGCCUCAAGUGGACUCGGCAAACCAGUAGCAGGUCCUGUCCAGGACUGAGCCACAACUCUCUGAGCAGCACCAAGUCCCUCAGCGGCAAACCUGCAGGCGGCAACCGCUACGGCAUGGUCACGGAGUUCCUGCGCAGGGUGAGCGGCCGGGCCGAGAAGCCCCUGCCGGCGCCGGGGUUGGGGCAGAAGACGAAGAGCGGUCGGAGGAGCCUGGAAAGUGUUCCGACGAGGCCCCCGGCCGCACCGCUGCACAGGAACGACAGCGUGACGAGGAUCGUCAACCAGAGGUUCAUGAAGCAGCGAGAAGAGGUCGGCCGGGCCAAGAGAGAGGAGAGGGGGGGCAGCCUGGACCCCGGGGUCCGACACGGCGCCAGUACCGUCACAGCAGAGGAUGGAAACUACGAGCGCAGCUCCAGCAGCACGCUGACCUUCUGCUUCGCUCGCCCAUCUCGAUCCGGCCAGAGACAAACGUCAAGCCAGAGCAAAGUCCAGCGCCACAGAUACUCGCCUCCCUCGAGUACGGCCGCAGACUCCAACCGCGAGUGA